UAAAAUUAUUUAUUUCAGAAACGAAAUAUGGCUGAAAGAGUCAACUUUAAUGGACGAGACUACUUGACAAAAUUGUGAGAAAAAAUGUCAGAAAAAGUGACAACAGGGUUUUCCAACCCUGGGUUUGCAACCGAAAACAAUGCUCGGAAAAGAGCGGACAAGGAGGAGGAGGUUCAGUCUAGUUCUCCAGGUACCUCUAGAGUAGGAUUCGGAGAUGGUUCUAGACUGGAACAGGAUCAGUUAAGUUCUACAGGUUCCUCUAGAGUAGGAUCUGGAGAUGGUUCUAGACUGGAGCAGGAUCAGUCUAGUUCUCCAGGUACCUCUAGAGCAGGAUCCGGAGAAGGUUGUAGCCUUAAACUAUCCAACCCGGACAACCAGGAUGAUAACCAUGUACAGAACAUCCAACUAAGAAGUCAAGUUAGUCCUGAAAAUUUAUCAGAAGACAGUGAACUAGAGAACUGUGGACCCCCCUGCUGUAGUUUGCCAGGUUUGAAUGUGUUUAGAAAUCCCAAAUGGUUUCUGGUGCUUCUCAGUUUUGCAGCUUUCAUUCAAGGUUUUGUAAUCAAUGGUUUGGUAAAUGUCGUCAUUACAAGUAUAGAGAGAAGAUUCGGGUUACAGAGUACACAAACAGGGCUUAUAGCGUCAUCAUACGAUAUAGGAUCUUUGCUGGUUAUGGUUCCUGUUUCUUAUCUCGGGGGUAAAUCAGGGUCUAGCAAACCAAGAUGGAUAGCAACAGGUCUGCUAGUCAUGGGAAUUGGUAGUCUCAUCUGGAGUAUACCUCACUUUACUACUCCCCCUUACUCCAGGUUGGGAGGGGAGGAACAGGUACAGCUGUGCCCAGCAGGAGAUGAGGAGGAGGACACAUGCCAGCAGGACGGUUUGAAUGGGUUGAAUUUAUAUAGACUUGUUUUUAUUCUGGGUCAACUUCUUCACGGAGCAGGUGCCUCUGCCCUUGUAACACUGGGAACAACCUUCCUGGAUGAGAACGUCUCAGUAAAAUCCUCUCCGCUGUACAUCGCCAUCUUCCAGACCUGGUUCGUAAUAGGACCCGCCCUCGGAUAUGUCGUCGGAGGGUUCCUGCUUAAUCUCCACACAGAUCUGAUCUCCGACUCCGGGCUGACUCCGGAGUCUAGUUUGUGGGUCGGAGCUUGGUGGCCCGGGUUCCUAGUUUCAUUUAUCCUGGCUUUCAUCUGUUCUAGUUUACUAUUCUGUUAUCCACCAAGUGUGAGUGUGAAAGGAAAUGGACCGAAGAAGUCCAACGAUGUUUUAAGUCGUCUUUCUUUGACCCAGCUGCCUGGAUAUCUCGGUCACCUGUUCACCAACCCAACCUACCUCUGCGUCACUAUAGGGCAGGCCAUGGACGGGUUGACCAUCGCUGGUCUAUCCGCAUUCCUCCCCAAGUAUCUAGAGCAUCAGUUUAGUUUAUCAAACGGAUUCUCUGCUCAGCUUGUUGGAUUGAUUGCUGUGCCGGCGGGGGGUGGUGGGACUUUCUUUGGUGGUUGGUUGAUCAAGAGAUUAAAGUUAAAUAGAUCCAGGAUUCUCUUCAUGUGCUGCCUCUCCCAGGUGCUCUGCUUAAUCCCUAUCCUUCCCGGCUUCCUGCUCAACUGCGACAACUUGCCCUUCAACGGAGUUAAUCAAGAAAAGUUGUUGAGUCUAACAUCAAGGUCCUUUAACUCUAGUCGCACUGCCAGCCCUGAUAUCCUAGUAUCCGAGUGUAAUCUAGACUGCUCCUGUGAUAUUUCACACUUUGAUCCUGUUUGCGGAUCAGAUGAUGUUAUGUACUUAUCUCCCUGUUUGGCGGGCUGUACAACAUUCUCUUCUAAGGAUAACUAUACGGACUGUGCUUGCGUGCAGAACUCUGGCCACGUGUCCAGAAUCAAAUGUGAGAACAAGUGCUCCUACCUAGUCUCUAUAAUUGUCAUCUUGUUUAUUAUGAUUUUUAUCACGUUCUUCGCCAGCAUGCCUGGAGUCGUGGCAACCUUAAGAGCUGUAUACCCUGAUGAGAGAUCUCUAGCUCUAGGAGUUCAAUCUAUUAUAAUCCUACUGUUUAGAGCUGUAUACCCUGAUGAGAGAUCUCUAGCUCUAGGAGUUCAAUCUAUUAUAAUCCUACUGUUUAGAGCUGUAUACCCUGAUGAGAGAUCUCUAGCUCUAGGAGUUCAAUCUAUUAUAAUCCUACUGUUUAGAGCUGUAUACCCUGAUGAGAGAUCUCUAGCUCUAGGAGUUCAAUCUAUUAUAAUCCGAUUGAUCGGAACUAUUCCUGGACCUGUUCUAUUUGGAUAUGUCGUGGAUAAUGCUUGCAUGCUUUGGGAGUCGGGAUGUGAUCUCCCUCGGGUUCCCUGGAAAAGGCGGGUUGGAAACAUGACCAAGGAUAUGGAAGGGAAGGCUAUGGGAUGGCAUGAUAUGUCGUCUUUACUGUACCAGGGUCAGGCAGUCAAUCACACAGAUAAACGAACCAGGAACCCGAACUGGACGGAUGGUGAGAUCUCCAGGUUCCUGGAGAUACUGAUCGAGGAACCAGUUCUCAGGGACCUUAAGGAACAAAAGAACAAGAGGGUAUUCUGCUAUGUCAGUCAGAAGAUGUACCUGGAGGGAAGUGAGAAAUCCUGGGACCAAUGCAAAAUUAAACUAAAAAAUCUCAAAUCUCAAUGGAGGAAUGUGAAGGACCGGGUCCCGAGGUUGGACGAGAUCGAUCUAGAGGACGAGGCCGAGCUCAAGGAUCUGAUGCAUGAUUGUCAGAACAACGGAGUCUCUCCAUUUUGUGUAAAACACCUCAGAGGAUUAAAAAGAUUCUUAGAAUCGUUGGCAGCCAUCAAGAGGGGUCUACCAAUUCCUCAAUAUGGACCCCUAGACCCAACAAUAAUGCCGCCAAAUCUUCAGAUGCCCCAUAUAGUAAAUAUUCCUGAACGGAUUCAGUCUGUUCCUGAUAUUGACACAAGGAUGAAGAGAGAGAUUGAAGAGUCGGAAAAUGAUGAAGAAUUUAUUGAGCCUCUGGUUGUUGAUUAUCCGCCAGAGAUCGGAGAUCCAGAUAAUUCCAGUUCUUCUCCGCUCCAACCUGAACCUGAUCGUCUAGCUCUUCAUCCUAAACUUGAACCUGGUCGAUUAGAUACAUCUCAGGGUUCUACCGGAGAAGGUUUUACAGAAUCAGAUAAUACGAGUCCAAGGUUACCUAAUCUUUGGAUUAAAUCACCAAGUGUUAUAAACCAGGACGGAUCUAAUAAAAGAAAAUUCAGCCAGCACGAUCAAAGUUCCGACAAGAAGGUUAACCGGAGUUCGAGUUAUGGCGGAAGUUCUCCAGAGUCUGAUUCCGUCCUGGGAUCUCGGGUUGGAUCAUCUUUAACUCUGGAGGGAGCUGAGGUCCUGGCGAGAUUACAGACCAACCUCGCGGACAAAUUUCUUACUUUUCAAAAAGAAUCCGAACUUAGAUACAUAAGCUGGGAGCGGGAACAGGUUAGAAUGGAGCAGCAUUUUAUGGAGCAAUGGAGGUUGGAGCAACGUCAAUCUUUGGAGCGGUGGAGGGAUGAGCAAAGACGACAUGAUACAAACUUAUUAAAUCUUUUUACCAAAUUUGUUUCAGACACAACAGAAGUCUUCACCAAAAAAUAAAGUCGCAUAUUGUUCUCAUCCAAAGAUUUUUCUAUUUUUCAGAAAAUUAAUUUGUUUAUGGAAAUAGUUAAAAAUAAAAAAUACUUCAAAGUAA